CCGGCGGCUGCCGCCAUGGCGGCCUCCUUCUCCCACCGCCUCCUCCUCCUCCUCCGCCGCCGCAGGACGCCGCUUUGGGCGGGCGGCGGGCGUGGCCGGCAGAUCCUUGGAAAAGUUUCAGCCUUCAGAAGAGGCCUGAUAUUUCCUGCAGUCUCGUACUUGGGCUAUGAGGCUUCUCAGCUGAUAGCUCAGUGUGCCGUGGUUCAUGCUAGUAUCAAAGUUGAGGAACUCUUAGACCAAGCAGACUACCUGUAUGAGAGUGGGGAAACGGAAAAGCUCUAUCACUUGCUAGCCAAGUACAAACAAAGUGAAGAUGCAGAAUUACUGUGGCGGCUCGCACGUGCCUCCCGGGAUCUGUCUCAGCUCAGCAGCACUUCACCAGAAGAGAAGAAACAACUGGUAUACGAGGCCCUGGAAUAUGCAAAGAAGGCACUGGAGAAAAAUCCAUCCAGUUUUGCAGCUCACAAGUGGUAUGCCAUUUGCAUCAGUGACGUUGGGGAUUAUGAAGGCAUCAAGGCUAAGAUUGCAAAUGCCUAUGUUAUCAAGGAACACUUUGAGAAAGCCAUUGAACUGAAUCCUAAAGAUGCUACUUCAAUUCACCUGAUGGGUGUUUGGUGUUAUUCAUUUGCAGAAAUGCCUUGGUACCAAAGCAGAAUUGCCGCUAUGCUGUUUGCAACACCUCCUAGUUCUACUUAUGAGGAAGCUCUGAAUUACUUCCAAAAGGCAGAACAAGCGGAUCCCAAUUUUUAUAGCAAAAACUUGCUGCUUCUGGGGAAGACGUAUCUGAAGUUAAGUAACAAGAAACUUGCUGCCUUCUGGUUACUGAAAGCCAAGGACUACCCAGUGCACACAGAAGAGGACAAACAGGUUCAGAAAGAAGCUGCAGACCUGCUCAAAACCUUCAGUGUCAAAACCUAAGUACUUUGCUGAGAAUAAAGCACCUGAACUCUA